AUGGAGCUGAACGCAGCGGCUCAUGAAACCCAACUUUCUAGUCUCGAAAACAAACUACAGAUGUUACAACGCGAACACAUCCUGGUUCAAGAUCGCAUGUCAACUAUGGAGGACAGGGGGAGGUGGAAGAAUGUAAAGGUGCGCGGCCUAGCUAACAACAUGGAUGCUGCUAAAAUUCCACACUUCUUCAGGAGACUGCUGUUGUUAAUCUUUAAUGCCAAACAAGCUAAAGCAUGGCUGCUACGGAAUACCAGCUUCAUCCAAAACUACAGCAGAGACCUGCAGAGACGUCAUUAUCCGCUUUCAGGCAAGACCGCCUUACCUUCAUGA